GGUUUUAAAAAAUACAUUGGGCUAUUUAUCACAAGAAUGAAAUUCUGAGUCUGUUUUCACUUUGCACUACUUCUUCCAUGUUUCACUGCUUCUUUUUUGCCUGGAGAGAUGAGGCAUUGCCUUCAGUUGUAUUAGGUUACUCAAGCUUGUUACUCAAGUGGUCUUUGUUCAUAGGCUCCUUUUUUUCAGAGGAUGCUAACCCUGCCCUGUAAUCACUUUAUUUGGAUUGUCAGACUGUUAGCCUCUUAAAAUCCAGAGAUAAUAGAUUUUUUUUUUUCUGGUGUUAGUAUUUGCUUCAGAGAGUUUGGAGGAAAUUAUGAUAGUGAUCUCCUAGUGCCUCGAGGCAGAGGUGAAGUUUCGAAGUCUUACAUAAAUACCACUGUUUACUGGUGGACCUUGAGCAGCCACCUGCUUGUCCAAAAGUCAAGCUUUUAUUCUCUCUGUUGUCUCUUACAGUGUUCUCUGAGGGCUUUGGCAAAAGCAUCAAAGGUUCUCUCCUAAGCAGUGGAUAAAUUGUGAAUUCACUCAAACGGUGUGUAGCUUUCCUUGAGCCUUUCCUUUGGGCUUUGUCAAGAGAGACAUGGGUUUUAUGCUGCUGUUGGGCUGUGUGUUCUGAAUGAAUUGAGUCUUUGGACAGCUGCAGGGACCAGCUUUGCACCAUGAUCUGGGCCUUGAACUGUCACUCGGAAGCAGGGGGUGGAACUGCUUUGUUGAAGAUAAGGCUUUCAGAAAGGAGAACUCAAGAUGCUUUCUCGAUUUAUAUAAAUCAUGCUUGAAAGAGCAAUUGCGAUGUCAGGUGAAAUAAAAGAGCAUUAUGUAAUGGGUCUUGAAACAUCUCCAAGCUGAAGUAAUCAGGACAAGAUUCAGUCCAGUUUGCUGACAGUUUGCUUUCUGCACCCUUCCUUAUGGAAAAUCUAUUAAAUUUCACUCCAUUUUUAACAGAAGAGGGAGUGGACUUAGUGAUUAGCAGCUAAUGUGAUAGCAACAGCUUUACUACAGAGUGAAAUGGUGUGUGUGACAAUGUGGGAGUAUGACUUUUUUUUUGUUCCUGAAACUGGUGAAAUAUAUUGACUUAUAGAACACAUUAAGUAGGAUUUUGUCAACAUUUGGAGAUAAAGUAGAAAAUUCAGCAAGGAGAACACUGUAAAAAGAAUUUGAAUUCUUUUCAAGGCUCUUUAAUGAACCCAGUUGCUGGUUCUAAAUAAACACCUAUAAAUGCAAUAUAUUUAGCUAUUAGUGGAGUUCAGACUAGUUCAGAAAGGCAUUUUAACUUGACUACGGUGGGAGUGUUGGGGUGGGUUUUUUGUGGGCUUGUUUGGUUUGGUUUUGGUGGUGUUGAUUUUUUUUUUUUUAGCCAACUUUAAGAAAAACCGCUUCUGUCCUCAGAACAGUUAAGGUUUGUGUUCUUGGUGACCAAACAUGCUUAAUUCCGCAUUGGCACUUGCUCUGUGCAGUUGGAAAGUGUCAUUGAAUCUUGUGGGGUUUUUUAAAAUUUUUUUUUAUUUUUAAGACAUUUUAAGACCAUCUCUUUUUUUUAAUGCACUAAAACCAAGCAAAUAACUCACAAUAAGCGUACAGAAAUGCUUAAGCAAAGAACAAAACAACAAUGCCAGAUUCAAACAUGAUUUGAAAUGACAUUGGUAGAACUUUAUUUUCACUUUUAGAAUCCUGCUUAAAAAAUGUGCUCUCUCCUGUGCACAGAUAACCAUUGACUUCAAGAGGGAAACUUGAUAAACACAGACAGAAUCAGGUCCACAAGCACUAACACCCUUUUUUGCUAAGUAUAAAAUACAUAUGUAAGCAUUUUCCAGAUGAUUCAAAUGUUUUCAUUGCCAUUCUCUGAACCUGGAUUUGAUGUGGAUAUUUAAAAGAGUCAUUGCUUACAUAGCAAAUAGGGAGGAAUAAAUGUUUUACAGUGUGUUUAUUGUGCAUGACCAGAUGUCGUGUUAUCAUGCUGCAUUAUUUUUCUUUGAGAUUAAUAGUGCUUUGUCUGUCUCCCAGAUGUAUGCGACACCUGCUAGUUUAAUAUCUGUCUAGGUCAUUGUUAAGAAAGUCUCUCCACCCUAUCCCUGCUGUAACGAUAGAUCCUGAAUAAUGACUUUGCUCCAGUUUAUGCUGCUUGGUUUUCAUCGUUUAGAGGAUACAUGCAUUGGUCCGUGGAGCUGUAGGAAAAGUCCUCAGCUUCCUUCUUUCUCUUCUGGCACUAAGAGUGUUUUUGAGCCCAGUUUUAGAGUGGAUGUGAGAGCCGAAGCUGUUUCCUGGUUUGGCCAAAACCUCUGUGCCAAUGCAGACAUCAGGAUAGAGAAAAACAUAUCUGUCUCUUCCACCUACUGCUUCUGACAGACGGAAAGAGAGGUGCAAAUUUCUUUUGCUAUCCCUUUAUCCUCUUUGUGGUGUUUCUGGCAUCCAUUUAGCUCAUGAAUAACUGCACCACUUGUUUCAGAUGCUCUUCACAGGGUCUUGCCAACAGCAGCGCUGUGAAAUAAGCGUGGUUCAUGUGAGGUGUCGUGGCUCCCCACUGGGCUCUCAGUGGCAGCGCUGAGCGAUAAUAACAUGGUCUUUUUGUUUUCACUCUGCUGCGGUUUAACAAGCCCAUGUGUAACAGCAGAGAUUAAUUCAGCAUUCUGUCUGCUGGCUUGGGACGGCAUUACAGCAUUACGUAGUUUAGGUUUACUAUUAUAUCAUGUAGUAGGACUUCUUAUUCUUACUAUUAUUAUUAUUAUGGAAUAAUUUGAAACAGGAAAGCUUCCAGCCUGCUUUGCUUGCUUUGGGAGGUUUUACCUCUUUGUAAUUAGCAAAGUAAUAUAUAAAUUUAAGAAUCUUCUUGUGCUGUGUAGUCUGAUCUGUGUAAGUAUUUUAUCUGAUUCCUACCAGGAUAACAGGGUUUAGGGUGGUGGUGGUUGUGGUAAUCCGAGAUAGAGUUGGGCUUGAAUCAGGAAAAAGCUCAACUUGCAUCUGAGCCACAUUAGUUUAAUUCAAACAUUCCUAGGGGUGUUUCUUCUUUUAAGCAGUGAGGGAAUACAUGCUAUUGCUGGUCCAUCGUAACGGAAAACUUGUUGUGGUCCUUCUCAAGUCCACUCCUGAGAAUGGGGGUUGCCUUUGCUGUCCCUUUGUAGUAGCAUUGGCUUCUCUGCUGUUCUCUGUAUGGGAUCCUCAGAAAUGCUGCUGGUGGUUUAGAAAAGAUUUUCCUUUUCCAGAUUAUUGCACUCUUAGGUUUCAGGACUUCUUGCAUUCAUGUCCUGACCUCUUGGCUUUUUCUUGCCCCAUAUUUCCCUUUUCAGUGGGAGGAAGGGUACAAAAGAGAAAGUCUGAGCAGGAUUUUCGAGGAUGUCUCACUGUACAGUGGUUGCCUCAUUUUUAAUGUGCUUUUGAAGCAUUCUGUGCUGAUUGACCAAAAAACACUGGUUUUGGGUGUAAUUGUAACAUUUGGUUUUCAAGGUGUAAUGAGUUUCCACUAGACAAGAUUUUAAUUUUUUAUUCCUCAUGAACCAGGAUCUGUUCAACCCUGUUCUUUUCAAGUCCCUCCACUACCAACGCAAGUCACAUGCAAAAGAUUUGUUUUGCACCCUAGCUUGCUUUGUACUGCUAAUGCUGCUGGUGCAGCACUUCAUGCUUCUGCUCCUAUUGCGGGGUCUCAAUCACACUGUACUCUCUUGUAAUGAACACAGAAAAUUCUCCUACCUAGCAUAAAGUUUCGAAGAAAGUGCAUAAAUCUCCUUUGUGCAGCACUGCGCAGAGAUGGAAUCUUAUUUUCAGUAUUGUGGCAUCUGCUGCGUUGUAAUGCUCCUCCUGCAGUAAUUAAUUCUGUUUUACUUUAAUACUGUGGUCUAAUCCACACAGUCCAGAUUACCUGCCUUUGCAAAGAAUUAAAAAAGAUGGGGUGAGAGAUCCAUGUGAAGAUCCGAGAUGCACAGGCCUGCUAACCUCUGCCAUAAAAUUCCUUCAAAAUUGCUGUGGAAAUGCAGUGUAGGAGUUAGAUAUUUGCUCUUGCUGAUGAAGCUGGCAUCUGUAUUUGCUAUGGUGUAGUUUAGUGGGUUUGUUAAUUAGUUUUAAUAUGGGAUUGAGGCUGCUUCUGCUAUCUACAAGGAGAUAGGGACUAAAGAUGCCAAAAACGAGUUGUCAUUGCAGCUGCUUCCACUCUGUGAAAGAGAUGGAGUGUAUUUUUUCAGGCUCAGAUGAGUAUAUCUAUGAUGCAGGAACAACACUUGCAGAUAAACGCCAACAUUUGUCAUUUGCAUCCCGUUCAGACACGGUUCAGAAGUCAGUUAAAAUUAGUCAAAAUUUGUUCCCAAAUGUUACAUUAAAAUGUGUCCUUUCAUUUAAUGACAUAUUUAUCUUGAAGUUUGUGGAAGAGCAUGAAGUUGCACAUUUACUACAGGGCUUUAAUAAGCUUCUGCAGCUAAUUUUGGGAAAUUAGAAAUUACUCCAUCUGCUUGCUGUUAUUUAGAAGUGUGUGAUUUCUCAGGUGUCUAGGUAAAAGAGCCAAGCUAUUUUGGUGUGCACAGAAUAAACUCACGUUCAAAUGUCAAUGUAAAUUUUCAAGUAUACCUUUAAAUAAAUUCACUCAUUCGCAACCUUCAACCUUUUGUAAAUUGAAAUGAUCUUUACCAGAUAUUAACUUGUUAUAUUUUAGUAAGCUUAAGUAUCACAAGUGCUGAAAAGGAAUAACAUUUAUAUUAGGAGCAAACUUUUGAGAUGUGGAGUUGCUUAAAUUUUGAUAAAAUAGAAAAUGUAAGUUAAAUGAAACAUUUGCUUCAAUUGCAGAGCCAUUCCAUUUUUUAUAUUGGAUGAAUCUUAAUGUGGUGAAAAAAUCCUAUUGAAAAAUUGUUCUGUUCUGUGCUUCUCUCUUCAACGUGAUAUUUUACCAUUGUCUAGAUUUUCCCCCACUCAAAAUAUUAUAUUAGGCUUUAGUGUUUUAGUGUUUUAGAAAACUUUGGCAAAGAAGAGGCACUAUGCUGCAAAUAACUUCCUAUGGUAUUUUUAGAAGCUGAGAGGGUAAAGAAAAGGUCUGUAAGGGUGAAUAUUCAUCAAAGCAUCAAGCCUAUUACAUGGUCCAUCAAUGCAACCAGGCAUCUUUGCUUGCUGACUCCAGCUAAGGCCAGCUCUGUGUUUCUGUGUUUUGCUGGGCUUUUUUGCUGAUGUGAGGAGCUUGGGUUUCUGCUGUAGCUGUGAAAUAUGCCCUUUUCAUAUGUUCAGCAGAAAGUGUAUGGAUCGUAUGGAUCCUAACUUGCUAAUAUUUUUAAGGCUUUACAAGGGCUGAUGUGAAGUACCAGCUCUCUGCUGAGCCUGUUGGCUGAAGUGUAUUUCACUUUGAGUGUGAAAGGUGCCUUCAUAUUAGUGAUAUGGUUUUUCAGGUCAUGUUGGAGGAUGUAUAUAAUUGGUGUAAACAAGAGUCUUUGUAUUUUUAAGUGUUACAAACAAAACUCACCUGUGUCAGGGCAAUCCCAAGAACAAAUAGGGGCUGGGUGGAGAAUUAUUUGAGAGCAGCCCUGUGGAAAAGGACUUGGGGGUAUUGGGGGACAAAACCAGACAUGAGCCAGCGACGUGCAGUCACAGCCCAGAAAGCCAAACAUGUCCUGGGCUGCAUCCAAAGCAGAGUGGCCAGCAGAGUGAGAGAGGGGAUUCUGCCCUUCUGCUCUGUUCUGCUGAGACCCCUCCUACAGUGCUGCAUCCAGCUCUGGGGCCCCCUACAUAAGAAGGACAUCGACCUAUUGGAACAAGUCCAAAGGAGGACCACAAAAAUGAUCAGAGGGAUGGAGUACCUCUCCUAUGAUGACAGGCUGAUAGAACUGGGUUUGUUCUGCGUGGAGAAGAGAAGGCUCCAGGCAGAUACUGUCACAGCAUUCCAUAAUAAUGGGGGCCUACAAGAAAGAUGGAGGGGGACUUUUUCUGAGGUCCUGUAGUGACAAGGGAUUAUGUCUUUGAGUUGAAAGAGGAUAGGUUUAGGUUAGAUAUUAGGAAGAAAUUAUUUUCAAUGAGGGUGGUGAGGCACUGGAACAGACUGCUGGAAGAAACUGUGUGUGUUCCAUCCCUGGAAGCCUUCAAGGCUAGGUUAGAUGGAGCUCUGAGCACCCUGAUCUAUUGGAAGGCAUCUCUGCCCAUGGUGGGGAGGCUGGAACUAGAUGGUCUUUAACAUUCCUUCCAACCUAAACCAUUCUAUGGAAAUAAUAUUGUGUUGUAGCUGAAAAGAAUGUGCUGGUUGUCAUCCUCUUGCACUAGGCUCUCUUCAGGACUGGUGGUCUUAUCUAUGAAUUACCCAUCUGUUCUACUAGAUUACUGCCAGCUUUUGGACGUUAUCUGGCUUCUGUGUACAGCUUUCCAAUUCCAUGUCCUGUUCCACUGCAGGCAGUGCUCAGAAACUAUGCCUGUUCCAGACCAGCCCUCGUCUUCUGACAAGACAAGUUCCCUUAGUCCUGUGUUGAACACAUCCAAUGGCGAUGGUUCGGAAACUGAGACAACCUCUGCCAUUCUAGCUUCAGUCAAAGAACAGGAACUGCAGUUUGAGAGACUGACUCGAGAACUUGAGGCUGAACGUCAGAUUGUGGCGAGCCAGUUGGAGAGAUGUAAGCUUGGAUCAGAAACUGGAAGCAUGAGCAGCAUUAGUUCAACAGAAGAGCAGUUUCACUGGCAAACACAAGAUGGUCAGAAGGAUAUAGAAGAUGAACUCACCACUGGUCUGGAGCUGGUGGACUCCUGUAUUAGAUCACUGCAGGAAUCAGGGAUACUCGAUCCACAGGACUAUUCAGCCAGUGAAAGGCCCAGCCUCCUCUCCCAGAGUGCACUCCAGCUCAAUUCCAAACCUGAAGGAUCCUUCCAGUACUCAGCCAGCUACCACAGCAACCAGACCCUCGCCCUGGGCGAAACAGCAUCCGCCCAGCUCCCGUCCCGCAGCAGUCAGGCCAGAGGUGCCAUCCAGAGCUACAGCCAGCAGGGCCCGGGGGGCCGCGGCGCCCACCCGGGCGGUCCGGAGCCGCCGCCGCCGCCCGCCGCCCCGCAGCCGCGGGAGCCCUUCGCGCCCAGCCACGGCAGCGCCUUCCACCUGCCCGAGCCCCAGCACGCCGCCGCGCUCUACUACGCCAGCUCCACGCUGCCGGCGCAGCGGGUGAGCUCCCCGCUGCCCGCCCAGCCCGGCGGCUCCCCCACCAAGCUGCCGCGGGCCGGCUCCGCCGCCGAGGGCGCCGCCUACGCCACCGCGCAGCGCCUCUCCUCCCCGAAGCAGUCCCCCAGCCGCCUGGCCAAGUCCUACAGCACCAGCUCGCCCAUCAACAUCGUCGUCUCCUCGGCGGGACUGUCGCCGUCCCCCAUCCGAGUGACCUCCCCGCCCACCGUCCAGUCUAACAUUUCCUCCUCUCCUAUCCACCAGUUAAGCUCCACCAUCGGCACUUACGCCACCCUGUCGCCUACCAAGCGGCUUGUUCACGCUGCCGAUCAGUACAGCAAGCACUCCCAGGAGCUGUACGCCACCGCCACCCUGCAGAGACCCGGCUCCCUCGCAGCUGGGUCUCGGGCAUCUUACAGCAGCCAGCACAGCCACCUUGGCUCCGAGUUAAGGGCACUGCAGUCUCCAGAACACCAUAUAGAUCCUAUUUACGAAGACAGAGUUUAUCAGAAGCCCCCUAUGAGGAGUCUCAGCCAGAGUCAGGGGGACCCUCUGCAACCAGCACACACAGGCACAUAUCGCACUAGUACAGACCUGGUUAACCAUUUCUGUGAACAGGUCCUCAAUUUUUUACUUUGUCCCUACUUUCCUGUCGUAGCCCCAUCUUCCCCUGGUGUCGACUCCGUACCCUUACAGCGCACAGGCAGUCAACACGGCACACAGAACGCAACCGCGACCUUCCAGAGGGCCAGCUAUGCGGCCGGCCCAGCCUCCAAUUACGCAGACCCCUACCGACAGCUGCAGUAUUGUCCUUCUGUUGAAUCACCAUACAGCAAAUCUGGGCCAGCCAUCCCACCCGAAGGGACCUUGGCUAGGUCACCUUCCAUUGAUAGCAUUCAGAAAGACCCCAGAGAGUUUGGAUGGCGGGAUCCAGAGCUUCCAGAAGUUAUACAGAUGCUACAGCAUCAAUUUCCCUCAGUACAGUCGAAUGCUGCAGCCUAUUUACAGCACCUCUGUUUCGGAGACAAUAAAAUAAAAGCAGAGAUAAGAAGACAAGGCGGAAUACAAUUACUGGUGGACCUAUUGGACCAUCGGAUGACAGAAGUCCACCGUAGUGCCUGUGGAGCUUUGAGAAACUUGGUAUAUGGGAAGGCAAAUGAUGACAACAAAAUAGCUCUGAAAAACUGUGGUGGUAUCCCAGCAUUAGUACGGUUACUCCGCAAGACUACAGAUUUGGAAAUCAGAGAACUGGUCACAGGAGUUCUCUGGAAUCUGUCCUCCUGUGAUGCACUGAAAAUGCCAAUCAUCCAGGAUGCCCUUGCAGUGUUGACCAAUGCAGUGAUCAUCCCUCACUCUGGAUGGGAAAACUCUCCACUCCAGGAUGAUCACAAAAUACAGCUCCAUUCAUCACAGGUGCUGCGCAAUGCCACUGGGUGCCUAAGGAAUGUCAGCUCUGCUGGAGAGGAGGCCCGCAGAAGAAUGAGGGAGUGUGAUGGCCUGACAGAUGCAUUGCUGUACGUGAUCCAGUCUGCUCUGGGGAGCAGUGAAAUUGAUAGUAAGACCGUUGAAAACUGUGUGUGCAUUUUGAGGAACCUCUCAUACAGGCUAGCUGCAGAAACAUCUCAGGGACAGCAGAUGGGAACAGAUGAACUUGAUGGAUUACUCUGUGGUGAUGCCAAUGGAAAAGAUGCAGAGAGUUCAGGGUGCUGGGGGAAGAAGAAGAAGAAAAAGAAAUCACAAGAUCAGUGGGAUGGCGUAGGACCUCUCCCAGACUGUGCAGAACCACCCAAAGGAAUCCAGAUGCUGUGGCACCCUUCAAUAGUCAAACCCUACCUCACACUUCUUUCUGAGUGCUCAAAUCCAGACACGCUGGAGGGGGCAGCGGGGGCACUGCAGAAUUUGGCUGCUGGGAGUUGGAAGUGGUCAGUGUACAUCCGCGCUGCCGUCCGCAAGGAGAAAGGAUUGCCCAUUCUGGUGGAGCUGCUCCGGAUAGACAAUGACCGGGUGGUAUGUGCAGUUGCUACAGCUUUACGAAACAUGGCCUUAGAUGUCAGAAAUAAAGAGUUAAUAGGCAAGUAUGCCAUGAGGGAUCUGGUCCACCGACUGCCAGGCGCUAACAACAGCAACAGCUCAGCGAGCAAGGCCAUGUCUGAUGACACCGUUACUGCCAUUUGCUGCACUCUGCAUGAAGUCAUCACUAAAAACAUGGAGAAUGCCAAGGCCUUACGAGACGCAGGCGGCAUUGAGAAACUGGUUGGCAUAUCUAAGAGUAAAGGAGACAAGCAUUCGCCCAAAGUGGUGAAAGCAGCAUCUCAGGUCCUCAAUAGUAUGUGGCAGUACAGAGACCUGAGAAGUCUCUACAAGAAGUGGGCGUCCCCAAGCUUCAGUGUGACUGAUGACAGAGGAUUUUCACCAACCCACGACUCUGGGUCAUGGCACGCUCAACAUACUCUCUCCCAGAGCCAAGAAACCAGAAUCUAUUCCCCAACCCAGGAUGGAUGGUCACAGUAUCACUUUGUAGCCUCAUCUUCCACAAUAGAAAGGGAUCGGCAAAGACCGUACUCCUCAUCCCGCACGCCCUCCAUCUCUCCCGUGCGCAUGUCUCCGAACAACCGCUCAGCAAGUGCCCCAGCCUCACCUCGGGAAAUGAUCAGCCUGAAAGAAAGAAAAACAGACUAUGAAUCAACUGGAACUAACGCCACUUACCAUGGAAGUAAGGGAGAACACACUUCUAGGAAAGACACCAUGACAGCUCAGAACACUGGAAUCUCAACUUUGUACAGGAAUUCGUAUGGUGCACCUGCUGAAGAUAUCAAACAUAACCAGGUUUCAACACAGCCAGUUCCACAGGAGCCCAGCAGAAAAGAUUAUGAACCAUAUCAGUCAUUUCAGAAUUCAACAAGAAACUAUGACGAGUCCUUCUUUGAGGACCAAGUGCAUCAUCGUCCACCUGCAAGCGAAUACAACAUGCACCUGGGACUAAAGUCAACUGGCAACUACGUCGACUUCUACUCAGCUGCUCGUCCCUAUAGUGAACUUAACUAUGAAACAAGCCACUAUCCAGCCUCUCCCGACUCCUGGGUUUGAGACUUGGGCAGAUACAAAAGCUCCAGGAACUGUGCAUGUGCAUGCAUACCACGAGACAUUUUUUUUCCUGCAAAUUUAGUUUGUUAAAGCCUGUUCCAUAGGAAGGCACAGAUAACCAGUAUGGAAAAAAUUCAGAGAUUUUUUUAGAAGGCUAAAAGAUAUGAAAGCUAAACCUGGGAGUAAUUAGAAAGAAAUAUAUAUAUACAUAUAUAUUUUACAGUGUGGGGCAACUUUACUGUUGGCCUGUAGAGUUUAAAGUUCAGUGCUGUAUAUUGAACGUGGCUGAAGGAAGGAGGAAGAACAUGACAGUGGAUCUGGGUCAAGAGUUAAGCACAAGUUACUGAGCAGCGUACAUACUUUAUGGGGAACAGCUUCUCACACCUUGUUUAAUAUCCUCAUUCAUUGUGAAUCUAGGCUUCAAGUUGCAUUUGGGGUUUCCUCUGUACAGCAAGAUGUUUCUUGCCUUUUGUUAAUGCAUUGUUGUAAAGUAUUUGAUGUACAUUACAGAUAAAAAAAAAAGGUGCAUUGUGUAUAUUACACCAAUGCCACAGUGUUUCUUCAUCUAUGGUUCUAAAUAUUGCUUCAAUUUCAAAUUUUGAAAGAUGUAUGAAUUUCCAGGUUUUUGUUUUCUUUUCCCCGGUGCGUUUUAACAAAAAAAAAUUCAAAAAAAUCAAAAAAACAAAAAGGAAUAUUUAGCAGUAUUGUUUGUUCUGAUAUGUGACUUUGUUUGUGGCAACUCAAAAAAAGGCAUUCAGCAGUUUCUGACAAUUAACAUUCAUCAUUCCACACUCCUUGUCAACAAAGUGCUUUUUCACUGCCUAAAAUUUUAGAUGUAGAUAUUUGAAAUAGAUUUUUUUCAUUUAUACCAGUUUUCUUUAUGAUGAUACAGUGUUAAAAGAAAAUAAAUUACAAUUGAUCUGUCAUCCAUAUUUGCUAAGAAUGUCUAUUUCCAAGAACCUACCAUACAAAUACACAUUCUUGCUCGUGUGUGUUCACGUAUGCAUAGUAGUCCGUGUGCGUGUUUGAGUGUGUGUGUUUGUGUGGCGUAAGACUUCUUCUCAUCCAAUGUUCUCCUUGUUAAGCUUCAAUUUUUGUUUGAUUUUUCAGUUCUUUUAAACAGUGGAAACUCCAGUAUGUGCUUUCUCUUACUCACUUCCGUAACCAUCAGUAGCAAUUCAACAUUGCUAGGCCACAUGCUCACAAAAGAAGGGGUAGCUGAUUUUUUAUUACCAACGCCAUCACCCUUAGGUGCCAUUUCCUUUAAAAUAACAUCUUUUGAUCUCCUCUUAAGGAAAUUUGAUUACUCUCCAGCCACCAACCAGUAAGUGCUCAAGGAAGGCAGAGUUUGAUCUUGCCAUCUCCCUGAGGGAAUGAAAAACUGAGACCCAUCAGACUUUAAUCUGGACUCUCCAAACUCUUCAGAGUACAGAAGGGUCCAAUUCUUGAACCAUUAGGACAAUCAUUUAUUUUAACUCAUACCAAAAAUAAAACCCAACACCCAGAACACAUUCCUCAAAUAUGAUAAUAAAGACCAUUUCUGUGCAUUUAAAGUGAAUUUCUAAAAAAUGUAAGGGACAGAGAAAUUUUUUUUUUUUAAUUUUAAAAGUAAACAACAGCUACAUAGGCUAGGAGGCCAGAAGAGCUGGCAUAUUCAUCUUAGCUCUUGUAAUGCUGGAAGGAAAAAAAAGAAGCAUUUCUUCAUUUCUGUGAUUCAGGCAACAAACAGUUCAGCGUACAGUUUUCAGAGCAUAAGACCCACCACUAAUGGAGUAGUUGUAAAUUGCUUAAAUUGCCAAUAAGGAAUUUGUUUUAGGUUGCAAACAUUUCUGUGGUUAGUCACUGUAAUAGUUUUAACAUCACCUGGCACACUUCUGGCUGUGCCCAGGGGGAGAAGUCUCUCACAAGUCAUCACCUGCUCUAUAGGACGCAGCCCAAGUAGUUCAUGCAGGCAGGUAUUGUGAUUUAGAAUUGGUUUAUUGGUAAUCUAGGACUAUAGUUUAAUCUUUUGGGCAGCUUUUCCCAGUGUACGAUAUGUAACCUUUGCUCUUUGUAGUAAACAAGGGGGAAAAAAUAGCAUGCAAAAAAAUUU